AUGCGUGAUACUGUCUGGUUGAUUGCCAGUUUCCUGAUCCUUCUUCUUCUUCUACUUCUUCUGACCCAGUCAUCAUCAUCAUCACCCCAACCAGGAUCUACACAACUAACUGGCUUGAAUAAAAUAACCUUGAAUACAGAUGGACAAUUUAUUGACACUCGUGGAUUUAUCAAGUUAUUUCGUGGAUUUAAUUCUGUUCGAAAAUCUUUUCCAUGGUAUUCUCAACAAGUGUUGAAUAUAACACAGAUGAAAAUGUUUCAAAACUGGGGUAUCAAUACAAUUCGUUUACAAGUGAUGUGGAGUGGAGUAUAUCCUCAUCAAUCGACCAUUAAUACUACAUACUUAGAUCAAAUUGAAAAAAUAGUCAAUCUGUUUGCACAGUACAAUAUCUAUGUGAUAUUAGACAUGCAUCAAGAUGCUCUGUCAUCUCGUUAUGGUACAUACGAUGGAAUACCACUAUGGUUGAUUGAUCAAUUCAAAAGACCAUCACAUGCUCUACAAUAUCCUUGGCCUUAUAAACAAGCACCAAACUGUGAAAUGUGUAAUUAUUUAACUUAUGAGUGUAGUAAUGCAGCACAACAGUUAUAUGAUAAUGUAUCGAAUUCAUGGAGUCAUUGGGGUGAUUUUUGGGAAGUGAUUGCCGAAAGAUUCAGGCAUACUACAAAUGUACUUGGUUAUGAAUUGAUCAAUGAACCGCCACCGGGUAACUAUUAUACAAAUCCAUUACGUGGUCUUUCAGGUAAAUCAAUCAUGAGAUGA